CUAACACUGCAACAACAAACAUCACACUGACUUCCCCACACCAUGGGCUCAUCAGCAUCAAAACCCGUGAAGUCCGCAGCGGCGGCAGCUUCACGGCGUCAAUAUCCCAAACAACCCACCACCGCCACCAGACCCCCAAUCUCCACACCCGCAUCAGCACCGCGCGCGCCACAACCACAACCGCAACCACAACCUAGACUCAACGAGCAGCCGAAGCGCAGUCCACGCCCCAGCGCGCAACCCAGCUCCCCGAAACCUGCAACAUACCACCCGAAAAACCAAGAACAAGCGUCCCUGGAGAAAUCAAGCGCAAUCGACAUCGACGGCCGCGACCCCGACUUCGCCGCCUCCCUCCGCAGCAUCGGCCCCGUGACCCCGAACCCAACCUUCUCUCCCUCGAGCACCUUCAACCCGGCGCAGCGGUCCUUCGGGGGACCCGGCGCCCCGACGGCGGCCUUCGCGCCCGCCCCGAACCCAGCCCUGCUGACCGUCACGGCGCGGCAGCGCAUCACCAAGGCGGCGGAGGAAGAGGUCGACAACCUGGGACGGCCGGACUUUGUCGGGCGGGAGUAUCUGGAUGCGUUGACGAUCCGGCAGGUGUUGGCCAUGCGGGAUCGCCAGGGUCUGCCGGCGCGGGAGAUCGAGCGGGUGUUGCGGUUGAAGAGGGGGGUGGUGGAGCGGUUGGGGGUUAAGGGGGUGGUUGGGGAUCUUGGGUGA